CUGACAAAAUGAGUUUCACCUCCCAGUGUUGUUGACAGGAGGGAUGGUGCACAUGGCUCACAUUUGACUCGGGGACUGGCUUGUUCUACAGCAACUAAUACAUCUCUCCAGUUUGUCUUCCGUCCCUUCUCUGCGUGAUGGACAAAUAGACUUCAUAUUCAUGAUUGCCACUGAAAUAAAGCUGGGAUGGGUUUGAUGGAGCUCAUUGGUGCUCGAGGCUUCUUCCAAACAGAUCUUCGUGCUUUAUAAGAAUACAGUUUCUGACACAUCAUGGACAGUAGUCAGGAUAACUACUGGAGACAGCAUGACCCGAACAGAGCGUGUUUUGGCUUCAGCGCUGACAUGGAACGUAACCUGACUGAGCUUCAACAGCAAACUGCCAAGGAUUUUAAUCGCAACUCCUCCAUCUCCCAGCCUUGUUUCUUCAAUGAUACCUACUGCCAGAUGCCGGAUAACGCACUACGUCCCCAUGAGGGAGACCAAGUAGUCCCGUCCUCGCAGAGACAGACAAUGUCAGGGGUCCUCAAGAAAGAAGCCAAACCUCUGCCACCUCUGCCCGACCCUGAGGAGCUCAUGUCUGAUGAAGCCGCUGAUAGUGAGGUGGAGUUUUUUACCAGUGACCGACGGCGUCUUUUGCCCAAAAGUUGCCCAAAGGCCAUCUGCAGGAGCACAAAUAGAGACUUUGGUCAAGUAAAUCACGCCUACCAGGAGAGCUUGAUGAGGUCUAGUAGUGCUGGGAUUGGCUCGAUGGCUUUUUCUUGGCCAGGAAGCGAGGAUGGACCGUCAGGAAGGGGGUCUGGGUUUGGAGCCAACAUUUGGUCCCUGGCUCACCAAAGAGAGGACCAACCAGAACAAAACCAAUCAUCCAGGUUCCGGUUUUCCUAUGCAGGCCCUGCUUUUCAAACUCUUCACAGCAGCGCCACAACCUGCCCAGCUGAAAAGCCACAAAUCCCUCCUCGUAUACCCAUCCCGCCAAAACCUCCCGCCCGCUUAAAGACACUUUGUGCCAACGAGGAAGACAAGCCUCCCAAAAUCCCCCCAAGAGUCCCCUUAGUACCCCCUUGUCCACCACGCACACCCAGCCCCAAAAGCCUUCCAAUUUACAUCAAUGGUGUGAUGCCUGCCACACAGAGUUUUGCUGCUAACCCAAAGUAUGUGAGUCGGGCGUUACAGAGACAGCAGAGUGAAAGGGCGCCCCCUGCAGCUCAGUUUUCACCCUGCAUUGUUCCCAUUUUGAGGGAUGGCAGACAGGCCAGCAAUACACACUACAUCCUUCUCCCGCCUGGCCGACAGGCAUACUCUGACAGACGAGAGAGAAUCCUGAGUGAACCGUCCAGGACAGGACACAGUGUCUGUCAGGAGAGGUAGAACCCCUUGUGAACUGGUCUGGAACUUGAGUACAAAACUGUGAUUGGCGGGACAAUUAAUCAUGUGAUACACUAUUGUACAGAGUGUGUUGAAACAUCCACAUUCUACAUUCACAUGUCUAAUUUCAUUGAGGUUAUAUUUUCAAUGACUGAUUAUUCUAAUAUCACCUAUGUCAUACAAUAAUGUGAGGUUUUGUCUGUGUUUUACUGAACAUUUACCGGUCAGUAUUUAAUGUUUUCAUCAUUUUAAAAACUUCCUCUUAUUCAACCUCAAAACAUCACACUAGUAUCAUAGUUUUGCUAAUAAUGUCAUACAUUUCAGAUUUCGGUUUACUCAGAUACUACAGAUUUUUACAGGGACUUAUCACUAAUUAGUUCUUGAUUUUGAAAGUCAUACUCAUUGUUAGAGCACCUUGAGCUAACUCUAUGUUCUUACAAGAUCACUGUAUGUACAAGCUGGGCUUGUAUCAAACUACUCAUCAUGUGUCUUAUGUUAUUUUUUAUUAAACAUGCUGCUUGAAACCUUAAGUAUAAUGUACAGAUAAAGUAAAUGUUUUGCAGAAUCAUACUUGAGUUGUAUGAAAUUUAACAAUGAGCAAUAUGACGGAUGUAGGAAAUGCUUUGAACUUCAAUGAAAACUUAAAGUCUUAAUUUCAGAGUUGUCACUGUCAGAAAUAUGCUUUUAUUUUGAAGAAUCACCGAGCUACAUCAUACCUGUGAAAUACUUAAUGUUUUGAUUUCAAGCAUUGAUUCUUAAACUAUCUAUUAUUUUGUGCUCAAGGGUUAUUUGAUUUAAAGAAUAACUGUGAGCUGAUUGACCAAAUUGUCAUACCAUUGAUUUAGAACAUGACUGAAACCUGCUGUCAGCUUUAAAUUGACUGUUGGGUCUUGAAACAGGACGGUUAAAUAAGUUGUUGUUUCCUGAUGGAUUUUACAUCAGUGUUUGCAUGGAGAGAGAGGGGGAAAAGAGUCCUUUGCUUUGAGUUUUGAUUAGUUAAAAUAAACAUUGUAAUCAUGAUUGAAUCAAGUUUAAAAACCCCACCUACACCCCAGACCCCCUACCUGACCCUGUAAAGUGACCUUGGGUUUCUUGAAAGGCGCUAUAUAAAUAUCAGUUAUUAUUAUUAAUAUUAUGAUUGAAUCAAGUUUAAAAAAGCUAAAAUGCUUAAGAGUCAAAAACAUACAGAUUGGGGACUUACAUAUAUCUGUUUGUGCAUGUUUACUCUGUUGAGGUGCAGAGCCGCGUUUACAACCACUGUUACAUCAACAAGUUGGAAGUUCUCAUGAAGGUUCUGUAUCAAACUUGGCUGUUUUGUCAUUUCUGAAUGUUGUUGGUGUCAGUUGAAAUCUUUAUAAAUUUGCGUUUUUAAUAUAUUUAUAGAUGAAUAAAUAAAAUAACUUAUUCAUG